AAGAGGGUCACGAACUCUGACCCUCCCACUUACUGCUCCAAACAGUCAAAAUAUUUAUUAAUUGAAAGCUAUACAUCAUCCGAUAUUACGUCUCCUUGGCAGGUAAGAAAGAUUUACUGUCGUGGACGCGUGAGAUGUUCAUGAAAGAGGCAUGAGGGACCAGUAAGACAGGAAGAGAGGGAGUGUUCAGGAGGUCUACAACAGGGAAGCAGCGUUUAGCUUCCAGCUAGCAAACGGCUAACCUAGCCCUUUAGCACUCUCCUCAGGAUCUCAACGCUUUAAAACGGUUUAAUGGUGUGCAUACCUCAUGGGGCACUGAUGUGAAGAGCAGGGGGAAAAAGGUGUGCAAUAUCAGAAUGGAUGGACAAACUCAAAGGAUUCAACUUGUUUCAGCAGACAACAGCAUGGCAUUAGGACACAGGAUACAGAUCGUAACUGAUCAGCAGACUGGUCAGAAGAUCCAGAUUGUCACAGCACUUGAGCCAUCAUCGCCUGGAAAGCAGCAGUUUAUCCUUGCAAAUGCUGACUAUUCCUCUGGUGGGAAGGUGAUCCUUGCCAAGCAAGAAGGCUCACCCAACAAGGUCAUCCUUGCCGCUCCAGACGGCUCUGGAGUUAACCAGCUGUUGUUUGCUUCGCCCGAUCUUGCAGGGCAGCAGAUUCAGUUUGUGACUGAAGGGUCGGACCAGUCUAUGGUGAAGCCUGUCGUGGAAUACUGUGUUGUCUGUGGUGAUAAAGCCUCAGGGCGUCAUUACGGAGCUGUAAGCUGUGAGGGCUGUAAGGGCUUCUUCAAACGAAGCAUUAGAAAGAACCUGGUGUACACAUGCAGGGGCUCUGGGGAGUGUGCCAUCAACAAGCUCCACCGGAACCGCUGCCAGUACUGUCGACUGCAGCGCUGCAUUGCUCUGGGCAUGAAGCAGGAUUCUGUGCAGUGUGAGAGGAAGCCUGUUGAAGUGACCACCAGAGAGAAAUCUGUCAACUGUGCAGCUUCCACUGAGAAGAUCUAUAUCCGCAAGAACUUGUGUAGCCCUCUGGCUGCCACUCCUACUUUUGUUUCUGACAAGGAAACAGCUAGGUCUACAAGUUUGCUUGAGUCGAGCAUGCUCCUCAAUAUCCAACAGCCCUUCACCAAGCUGGAAAACACCAUCUUGAUUCCAGCAUCUCCUGACAAGCAGGAUGACCCAUCCCAAGGCGACCUCGGCACGCUGGCAAAUGUUGUGACAUCCCUUGGUCACCUGAAACAGGCCAGAGAGGCAAGUGACAGCGGCAAUGACCUGAUGGGAGUUGAAACUCUUAGUAACGGAGACAGCUCGAUUGCAGACAUCCAAGGAGACGAGCAAACUGGAAGUGAUAUUACUCGAGCUUUUGACAACCUGACCAAAGUCCUGCACCCUGGCGAUGGCUCAGCAGUGGAUUCUUUGGAAGCCACAAUGCAGCUGAUGUCAGGAGAUCAGUCAGGACCUGUAGUGGAGCUGGAGGGGCCUCUGCUCUCUGACAGCCAUAUCCCUUUCAAGCUAAUGAUGCCUUUGCCUGUGCCAGAGUACCUCAAUGUCAACUACAUCUGUGAGUCAGCUUCCCGGCUACUUUUUCUCUCUAUGCACUGGGCUCGCUCCAUUCCUGCCUUUCAAACCCUAAGUGGUCAGGACAAUGACAUUAACUUGAUGAAAGCCUGCUGGAAUGAGCUGUUCGCCCUCGGCCUGGCACAGUGCUCCAACGUUAUGAAUGUUGGUACCAUCCUAAGUGCCAUUAUUAAUCAUCUUCAGACCAGCUUACAGGAAGAGAAGCUGUCCCCAGAGCGAGUAAAAGUAGUGAUGGAGCACAUCUGGAGGAUGCAGGAGUUCUGUAACAGCAUGAUCAAGCUUUCUCCAGACUCCUAUGAAUACGCCUACCUCAAAGCUGUCGUUCUCUUUAGCCCAGAUCACCCAGGCAUAGAUAAUACUCCACAGAUUGAGCGGUUUCAGGAGAAGGCCUACAUGGAGUUGCAGGACUACGUAACCAGGACUUACCCAGAAGACUCCUAUCGGUUGUCCAAGCUGCUGCUACGUCUCCCUGCCCUCAGGCUGAUCAGUGCAGCUGUCACUGAGGAGCUGUUUUUCGCUGGUCUCAUUGGAAACGUGCAAAUUGACAGCAUUAUCCCUUACAUUCUCAAAAUGGAGUCAACCGAUUACAACAGCCAGGCGGUUCCAGGCGUCUGAUGCCGUGACAUUUCUUAUUGCAACACUGAACUGCAAAAACUUGGAAGCCAACCAAUUGGAGCACUCCAGAGAACGAUCACCAAGUGGUCAUAACAUUUGUAUUUAUGACGUAGCAUCCUAUGGGAACUCACUCAUACCUUGCUCCUUCGUCUGUCUCCUCAGUAAAAGACUCCCAACAGGACAAACAAAACCUCCUCCAGUGGCAAACAAGCCGAGAGAAUGCGUGCCCAUUCAGGAAUGAACCCUUGAAGCCUGCAUAGUAGAUUGUGCUUUUUAUUGUACAAAGUAUUUUAUUCUUCAUCGCCUCCAAGCCUUUCCUUUUUCUGCAGAUCUCGUUUGUACUUUGAAAGAAACAAAGGGUUUGUUUUACACUGCUUUACUACAUGGUCAUGCUUUUUUUAUUUUCUUAAUAUUAUAAGGAAAAAAAACUUGUCAAUGUGAAAUGGUGUGUGAGAUGUCAAUAUUGCAAAAGGUUAAACCUAUAUUUCUUAAUUUUUUGCCAAUCCGAAGGAUCAGGCAGCAUCAGCUUGUUAAAUAUUUGACAUGCAGAUUUGAAGUAAUCAUGUACAUAGAUUCAUGUAUAUAGAAUGAACCAAGAAUGCUGCAGUGGUCACUGACACUUGGUUAUUUAUGAAUUCCAUGUUUUGAAUGAAGGUCUGCGGAUGAAAAAUGAUGUUCAAGUCAUUUGAAAAUAAAAAACUUGUUUAAAUCA